AUUUAACACUCUCCCCUACUAUCACACUUCCAUAUGGACUUCUUCUUCCAUCUCAAUAACAACACGCAUUCAAAAUCCCCAAUUCUUCACUCAUCCUCCAAACCCUAACCCUAAUUCCCCAAAUCUUCAAAUCCUCAAUCUCUACUACAAAUCUCACAAAUCCCAAUCUAACCCACCAAAUUCCCCCAAAACCCACCUCAGAUCCGCCCCCAAUUUCUCCAACAACAAUGGGCAAAGGAGGCGCAUUGAGCGAAGGUGUUCUCAAGAAAAUCAUAUUAUCCUACACAUACGUCGCGAUCUGGAUCUUCUUAAGCUUUACAGUGAUCGUGUACAACAAGUAUAUUCUAGAUCGGAAGAUGUACAACUGGCCGUACCCGAUCUCUCUCACAAUGAUCCACAUGGGGUUUUGUUCUUCACUUGCUUACGUCAUCGUCAACGUGUUGAAGAUGGUGGAACCUGUGCAGAUGACCCGUGAUGUGUAUCUCAAAUCGGUUGUUCCGAUCGGUUUGCUUUACUCUUUAAGUUUAUGGCUUUCGAAUUCGGCUUAUAUUUAUUUAUCUGUUUCGUUUAUUCAAAUGCUUAAAGCUUUAAUGCCUGUUGCGGUUUAUUCGAUUGGUGUUUUGUUUAAGAAAGAGGGGUUUAAGACACAGACGAUGAGUAAUAUGCUGUCGAUUUCGUUUGGGGUGGCGAUUGCGGCCUACGGUGAGGCGCAGUUUAAUACAUUCGGUGUCGUGUUGCAAUUGGGUGCGGUUUGUUUCGAAGCGACUAGAUUGGUGUUGAUUCAGAUCUUGUUGACCUCUAAAGGGAUUACGUUUAAUCCGAUCACGUCGCUUUACUAUGUUGCGCCUUGUUGUUUGGCUUUCUUGUCGGUUCCGUGGAUGAUCGUGGAGUUUCCGAAGUUGAGGGAGACGUCAAGUUUCCAUUUUGAUUACUUUAUAUUCGGGACGAAUUCGAUUUGUGCGUUUGCGUUGAAUCUUGCGGUGUUUUUGCUUGUGGGGAAGACGUCGGCUUUGACUAUGAAUGUGGCUGGGGUGGUUAAAGAUUGGUUGUUGAUUGCGUUUUCGUGGUCGGUGAUUAAGGAUACGGUCACACCUAUAAAUCUAUUCGGGUAUGUGAUUGCUUUCUUGGGGGUCGGUUAUUACAACCACGCAAAGUUGCAGGCGCUUAAGGCGAAAGAAGCGGAGAAGAAGGCUGCACAGGUUGAUGAUGAGUCCGGGAAGCUGUUGGAGGAACGAGAAGGUGAGAAAUCGAGCCGGAAAAACGAGUCUGAUAAUUGAUAAGAUUAUAAGAAUCAUGAGAUAUCUACUUAGGUAUUAAUUUAUGUCGUUUCGUAUGUUUUAGUGUCUUUACUUAUAUUUUCAUGUUUAUCAUUUAUCAUAUGGUGUUUAUUGGGCUUUUGAGACUGUGAGACCGAGGAUCUUGUCUACGUGACUAUAAGGAAGAGUUAUAUUUUGAUAUAUGCUACAUUCGUGUUAUUCGAUCGUUUGUUCUUGUUAAUGGUAUUUAAUAGUUUGGUA